AGUAACUCGUUGCCAACCAGGGUGGGUGGUAGGGUACGUCUCGUCGUCUAUACAUACGCCAGGCUGCCUGCUUCCAUUUGAUCCGGUUCAUAUCAUCUGAUCUGACACGGCCAGACAUGGCGACGGCGGCGGCAGCAGUGAAAAUGUCGCCUAGGUCGACCGGAUACCCUUCGUUGUGCAAACCAAGCAACACCGGCUGCUACUGCAAGCCACCGGCAGCGGCUCCGAUGAACACCUUGAGGUGUAGGAGCGCCGUGAGCAGCAGAGGAGGUCCGACGGCCGGACGGCGGGAGGAGGAGGAGGAAUGGAGGAGGUACCUUGCGCCGGAGAGGCUGGAGGUGCUGGCGCAGCUGGAGCCGUGGGCGGAGGCGAACAUGCUGCCGCUGCUCAAGCCGGCGGACGAGGCGUGGCAGCCGGCGGACAUGCUCCCGGACGCGGCGGCGCUGGGCGCGGACGGCUUCCACGCGGCGUGCCUCGAGCUCCGCGCCAGGGCGGAGGGCGUGCCGGACGCGCAGCUGGUGUGCCUGGUGGGGAACAUGGUCACGGAGGAGGCGCUCCCGACGUACCAGAGCAUGUCCAACCGCUUCGAGGGCACCCGCGACGCCACCGGCGCCGACGGCACCGCCUGGGCGCGCUGGGUCCGCGGCUGGUCCGCCGAGGAGAACCGCCACGGCGACGUGCUCAGCCGCUACAUGUACCUCUCCGGCCGCCUCGACAUGCGCCAGGUGGAGCGCACCGUGCACCGCCUCAUCAGUUCCGGCAUGGCCAUGCACGCGCCGGCGAGCCCCUACCACGGCUUCAUCUACGUCGCCUUCCAGGAGCGCGCCACCUCCAUCUCCCACGGCAACACGGCGCGUCAGGUCCGCGCGCACGGCGACGCCGCGCUCGCGCGCAUCUGCGGCGCCAUCGCCGCCGACGAGAAACGGCACGAGGCGGCCUACACCCGCGUCGUGGCGAAGCUCUUCGAGGUGGACCCGGACGCCGCCGUGCGCGCCAUGGCGUACAUGAUGCGGCGCCGCAUCACCAUGCCGGCCGCGCUCAUGGACGACGGCCGCGACGCCGACCUCUUCGCGCACUACGCCGCCGCCGCGCAGCAGGCCGGGGUGUACACCGCGUCGGACUACCGCGGCAUCCUGGAGCACCUCAUACGCCAGUGGCGGGUGGAGGAGCUGUCGGCGGGGCUGUCCGGCGAGGGGAGGCGCGCGCGGGACUACGUCUGCGCGUUGCGGGAGAAGAUCCGGAGGAUGGAGGAGAGGGCCCAUGACAGGGUGCGAAAGGAGCCCACCCCGGUCCCGUUUAGCUGGAUCUUUGAUAGGCCUGUCAGCGUCGUGCUCCAUUGAUUCAAAGAAACCCGAACUGUCCACAUACCAGUACCAGUGUACCACCAUUGCUGCAGCGAGUGUGGCAGCUCGAGGCGAGAAGCUACAAUAUAGAAUAUGUUUCAUGGCACCGUCUUCUUGCGUAGGACAUGUAUUUAUAUCUUUCUAAAAAAUGGACAUGUAUUUGUUUUUUUAUUG